UUCUGACUAGACAAUUUAAAUUAAUUUAAUUUUCCGGUGGUGGCUUCGCUGGUUGGUUAGUUUAUGAGAUUUCUUCUUCAUUACAACAACUUUCCUCUCUCUCUCUCUCAUGGUGAUCGCCGGCGGCCGGAGAUAGAGUAUUGAUUUGAUGACGUCAGUUCAAACUCAAAAUGGGGAGCAAUCGAAACCAUCAAGAUCGAAACUUGCUGAUCUGGUUCGUCAAUACGUGCUGGCGAUGAGACACGCCAAGCUCAACGGUCUCAAGCUAAUUGAUCGUUGGAAGACGAAUCAAGUCCACGCCUUGAAUCCGCCGGAAACUUCCGCCGUCGGAGACGGCGGCAAGCGUACGAUCAGCUCACUUCUUUCGAUCCCAAACGACUCUGUUUCACUCCCUGAAGCUGUAGAUCAUCUUCUUCUCUAUGACCUUCCGACAACUGAUCUCCUCGAACCUCAAAUUGACCCGUUUCUUAAACCCGUCGAUUGCGUCGACGAUUUGGCCGACGUACACCGCCGUCUAGAGAUAUGUUCCGCCUCCGAGAAGUCAUCCAUGUAUAUGGAAAAGUAUAGUCUAUUGCGCGGUCUUGGCGACCCGAAGCUUCUUCGUCGAUGUCUCCAGGCGGCGAGGCAAAAUGCCGGCGAUGUUCACUCGAAGGUUGUUCUGUCGGCCUGGCUACGGCACGAGAGGAGAGAAGAUGAGCUUUCAGGGAUUUCUUCGAUGAACUGUAUUGGAAGAAUCCUAGAAUGUCCCAAGGCCGCGCUGAUAAAUGGGUAUGAUCAGAAUUCGGUCCUUGAUCGUUGCCUCUGUUACACCACGGAUGAUUUAGAUAAAGGUGAAGUUGAAAUCUCAUUAAAUACGGAGAAACCAUUUAUGAAUGAAGGAAAAAUCAUCACCUUUUACAUCGAGAAUGAGGAGAUAUACUGUGACAGAGAAAAGAUGGCGAGACUUUCGACCCCGUUGAAGACGAUGUUGUAUGGUGAAUUCGCCGAAUCUAAGAGGAAGAAGAUUGAUUUUUCGGGAGUCGGGAUAUCAAAAAUGGGUAUGAGAGCCGUGGAGAUUUUCAGCAGAACAAGUAGAUUGGAUCCAUCUGUUUCACCCAAUCUUGUUCUUGAGUUACUCUCUUUCUCUAAUAGGUUCUGCUGCGAGGAAUUGAAAACAGCUUGUGAUAAUUACCUAGCAUCAAUUGUUUCCAACAAAGAUGAAGCAUUGAUUCUUAUUGAUUACGGAUUGGAAGAGGCGGCAAGUCUUCUUGUUGCCUCAUGCUUGCUCGUUUUGCUAAGGGAGCUUCCCGGUACCCUCUACUGUCCUAAGGCACAGGAAAUAUUCUGUGAAUUGGAAACUGGAAAUAGGCUGUCCAUGGCUGGUCAUUCCUCUUUCCUACUGUACUAUUUCUUAAGCCAAGUAGCCAUAGAAGAGAACAUCACUUGGGAUAUCACGUUAAUGCUCACCAAAUGUAUGAAAGAAUGCGCAAGAGAGAAAUGGCAGAGAAAACUCGCGUUUCACCAAUUGGGAUGUGUGUUUCUCGAGAGAAAUGAAUACAAUGACGCCGAGUUAUGCUUCAUAGCCGCCGCUGAAUUGGGUCAUGCUUAUUCCGUCGCCGGAAUCGCGAGAACUAAACACAAACGGAAACAGAGGUUUUCGGCUUACAAGCUGAUCGAUUCAUUAAUCUCCGAAAACAAAGCAGUUGUUGGGUGGAUGUAUCAAGAACGAUCCUUGUACAAUGUCGAUUUCAAAAGGAUAUUGGAUCUGAAAACAGCUUCAGAUUUGGAUCCCACUCUUCCGUUUCCGUAUCAGUUCAGAGCGGUGACGUUCUUGGAGGAAAACCAGAUUGAAUCCGCCAUUUCCGAGCUAAAUAAAAUAAUCGGGUUCAAGGUUUCGCCUAUUAACCUUGAAUUGAGAGCAUGGUGUUAUAUCGCCCUUAAGGACUAUAAAUCCGCCAUUAGAGACAUUCGAGCUCUUUUAAUGCUUGACCCAGAUUAUGUAAUGCUUAAUGGCAACAUAAAAGGGUGUAAUUUCAUUGAUAGGCUUAGCCAACAUGUUCAGAGUUGGGGACUUGGUGAGUGCUGGAUGCAACUCUACGAUCGUUGGUCAGCCGUUGAUGAUAUCGGCUCAUUAGCAGUUAUACAUCAAAUGCUCGAAAACUGUAACGCAAAUGGAAAGAGCUUCCUGUGGUUUCGACAAUCGCUACUUCUUCUAAGGUUAAACUGUCAGAAAGCGGCUAUGCGCAGCUUGAGAUUGGCUCAAAACCAUGCUGCAUCUGAUCAUGAAAGACUGGUUCAUGAAGGAUGGAUUCUAUAUGAUAUGGGAAACAGAGACGAGGCGUUAUCCAAGGCUGAAUUGUCGAUUUCAAUUCAGAGAUCGUUUGAAGCUUUUUUCCUCAAAGCAUAUGUUUUAGCAGACGCGGUUCUUGAUCAGGAAGGCUCGUCGCUUGUCAUAGGAUUGUUGGAGGAAGCUCUUAGAUGCCCUUCUGAUGGUCUUCGGAAAGGACAAGCAUUGAAUAAUUUGGGAAGCAUUUACGUGGAUUGUGGGAAGCUGGAUCUUGCGGGGGAAUGUUAUUCAAAGGCCCUUGAGAUCAAACACACUAGAGCCCAUCAAGGGCUGGCAAGGGUGUAUCAUCUAAAGCAUGAAAGAAAAGUGGCUUACGAAGAAAUGACGAAACUUAUAGAUAAAGCAGAGAACAAUGCAUCGGCUUACGAGAAGAGAUCAGAGUAUUGUGAACGCGAAUUGGCCAGUUCGGACCUAAGUAUGGCCACGCUGUUGGAUCCUCUGAGGACUUAUCCAUACAGAUACAGGGCAGCAGUGGUGACAGUUUUGAUGGAUGAGCAAAGAGAAAUGGAAGCUGUGGAAGAGUUGACGAAAGCCAUAGCAUUCAAACCGGACAUGCAGAUGUUAUAUCUUCGAGCAGCAUUCUACGAAUCAAUGGGCGAAUUAUCUCUUUCAAUCCGUGAUUGUGAGGCAGCUCUUUGUUUGGACCCGACGCACAAAGACACUGUGGAUAUGUAUAAUAGAAUGCGAAUUCAAUCCCAAUCUUAGAGAUACAUGAACGCCUUUUCAUUAUAAGGAAUAUGAAUUUGGCAAAGCGAGACGAUUCGAUUAGCGAGCCAAUGGCUCAUGCAAUUUGGUCCAUUCAAUUGAUAGAUGAACCACGUUUCUUUUUAGCUUAUGUAAAUAGAUAAAAGCAGUAGAGUUGUUGAUGCUUUUCAGUCUACUCCUACUUUAAAUUUUCAUAUUUUAAAGGCAUACAACAAGAAAAUGAAAAAGAGUUGUUGGCCUGGAUGAACUUGGAUGAACUUCUGUAUUCUCAA